AUGGUUUGGGGCUGCAAACCUAAGCCACGCUGGGGGGUUCCGCGUGGUGAGCUUGAAUUUAAAGGUGCUCUUGACGAAGCUUCCGGUAAUCUUACUAGAGCUGGGGGGAAGUUUAAGGGUGCUCGAAACGGAGUUGAUCAAAUCAAAGCCGAUUUGAUUGAUAAAUUUGGUGGCGAUGCGGCUGCAAUUAGGUUUCGAGAGGAAAAGAUUGCUCUCGAAAAGAAGAUAGAAGCUCUCAAGGUUGAAAUUGCGAAGGUAUUCGAUCUCGAAAUUGAAAAUAAUCAACUACGGAGCAAGAUUACGCAGCUGGAGGAUAAGGCUUGUCGGGAUGUGGAGAAUUCGACUGCCAAGAUGGCUCGUCUUCGCAAGCAGAUGGCUCGUCUUCGCAAGUCCCGGAAGAAGUGGGCUGAAUUGACGGCUGCUCAAGUGUACGAAUCGAUGCAUAAUUGGUAUACUCCGAGGUUGGAUCGUAUAGGCAGAUACGUCGGUCAACGGGAUGCGGUAGAGAAGGCGGUGGUUAGGAUCCAAGUCGACGAGGCUCUCCUUUCUUAUGUCAGGAAAAUAAAGGGGGUUGAGCAGGAUUUCGAUGCGGUGGAGAAGAUGCUCGAAGCCCGGUUGCGGGAGAGUAAAGCUGCCGGGGAUUUGGUCGAGGACAACGAAAUUUAG